CGGUCGGCGGGCUCUAUGGGGAAAGCGGCCGCUCUGUGCCGAGGCGGCGGCUGUGGCGGCCGCUCCCGCGGACUCUCGUCGCUGUUCACGGUUGUCCCCUGCCUGUCCUGCCACACGGCGGCGCCGAGCAUGAGCGCUUCCACGCCUGGCCCCGGGCCGGAGCCCAAGCCCCAGCCCAAGCCUCAGCCCCAGCCAGUGCCGAAGCCUGAGCGGCACCCUGUGUCACAACAGGUUUCGGAGCCAGUUUCUGAGCCGGUGCCAAGACUGGAGCCUGCGUCUGAGAAGACGUCCGACCCAAGGCCAGAGUCCAGACCGGGAACGGAACUGCUGCUGGGAUUGGGGCGGGGGUCAGGGCCCUGGCAAGAGUUGGGCUCAAGUGUAGGGGCUGGACCCUUUCCCAAGACCUCGCCAGAGCAGUUACCGGCACUCGGGCCAGUAGCCGGGAGCGUGCCCUGGACCAAACCCGAGCCCGGGUCGCUGCCGGCGUCAAAGCCGCUACCCCUUGGGCGGCCUGGACAGGCGAGGACGCCUCUUGGGGUUCCAGUGUCAGGGACUGGCACGACCUCCACUGCGCCCAUGGCUUUACUGCCUCUGGACAGCUUCAAGGGCUGGCUGCUCAAGUGGACCAAUUACCUGAAAGGCUACCAGCGGCGCUGGUUCGUGCUCAGCAACGGCCUGCUGUCUUACUACAGAAAUCAGGGUGAAAUGGCCCACACCUGUCGUGGCACCAUCAACUUGUCCACCGCGCACUUUGACACGGAGGACUCUUGCAGUAUCGUGCUGACCAGUGGGGCAAGGACCUACCACCUCAAGGCCAGCUCGGAGGUAGAGCGGCAGCAGUGGAUCACCGCCCUGGAGCUGGCCAAGGCCAAGGCUGUCUGCAUGAUGAGCAGCCACUCAGAUGACUCUGGGGACGAAGACGACGAGACUGCCUCUCCAGCUGACAAGAGCGAGCUACACAGCACCAUCAAGAGCCUCUCCUUGAAGUUGGACGACCUCAGCACGUGCAAUGACCUCAUCGCCAAGCACGGUGCCGCCCUCCAGCGCUCGCUGAGUGAGCUGGACAGCCUCAAAAUCCCAUACGAGAGCAGUGAGAAGCUGAAGGUUGUGAACGAACGGGCCACCCUCUUCCGCAUCACCUCAAAUGCUAUGAUCAAUGCCUGCAAGGACUUCUUGGAACUAGCAGAGACACACAGCCGGAAAUGGCAGCGUGCAUUACAGUAUGAGCAAGAACAGCGCAUCCACCUGGAAGAGACCAUUGAGCAGCUAGCCAAGCAGCACAAUAGUCUUGAACGGGCCUUCCGCAGUGCCCCUGGCCGGGCCACCAACCCCACCAAGAGCUUCAGCGAAGGAAGCCUCUUAACUCCCAAAGGAGAGGACAGUGAGGAAGAUGAAGAUACCGAGUACUUCGAUGCCAUGGAAGACUCUACAUCUUUCAUCACCGUGAUCACCGAGGCCAAGGAGGACAGAAAAGCCGAGGGUGGAACCACAGGCUCAGUGGACUGGACGUCAUCAGACAAUGUGCUAGAUGGUGCCUCACUUGUGCCCAAGGGCCCCCCCAAAGUCAAGAGACGUGUCCGCAUCCCUGACAAACCCAACUACAGCCUUAAUCUCUGGAGCAUCAUGAAGAACUGCAUUGGCCGGGAGCUCUCCAAGAUCCCCAUGCCGGUCAACUUUAAUGAGCCCCUGUCUAUGCUCCAGCGGCUGACAGAGGACCUGGAGUACCACCACCUGCUGGACAAGGCGGUGCACUGCACCAGCUCGGUGGAGCAGAUGUGCCUGGUGGCCGCCUUCUCCGUGUCCUCCUACUCCACCACGGUGCACCGUAUCGCCAAGCCCUUCAACCCCAUGCUGGGGGAGACUUUUGAGCUGGACCGCCUCGAUGAUAUGGGCCUGCGCUCCCUCUGCGAGCAGGUGAGCCACCACCCACCAUCAGCCGCCCACUACGUGUUCUCCAAGCAUGGCUGGAGCCUCUGGCAGGAGAUCACCAUCUCCAGCAAGUUCCGGGGAAAAUACCUCUCCAUCAUGCCGCUAGGUGCCAUCCACUUAGAAUUCCAGGCCAGUGGGAAUCACUACGUGUGGAGGAAGAGCACCUCGACUGUGCAUAACAUCAUCGUGGGCAAGCUCUGGAUCGACCAGACAGGGGAUAUCGAGAUUGUGAACCAUAAGACCAAGGACCGGUGCCAGCUGAAGUUCUUGCCCUACAGCUACUUCUCCAAAGAGGUCGCCCGGAAGGUAACAGGAGUGGUGAGUGACAGCCAAGGCAAAGCCCACUACGUGCUGUCAGGUUCGUGGGACGAACAGAUGGAGUGCGCCAAGAUCGUGCAAAGCAGCCCCAGCAGCCCCGGCUCGGAUGGAAAGCAGAAGACAGUGUACCAGACACUGCCGGCCAAGCUGCUGUGGAAGAAGUACCCGCUGCCGGAGAACGCGGAGAACAUGUACUACUUCUCGGAGCUGGCCCUGACCCUCAACGAGCACGAGGAGGGCGUGGCGCCCACGGACAGCCGCCUGCGGCCAGACCAGCGGCUGAUGGAGAAGGGGCACUGGGACGAGGCCAACACGGAGAAGCAGCGGCUGGAGGAGAAGCAGCGCGUGUCGCGGCGCCGGCGGCUGGAGGCCUGCUCACGGGGCUGUGGCACGGAGGAAGAGAAGGAAGCCGAUGUGUACGUGCCGCUGUGGUUCGAGAAGAGGCUGGAUCCACUGACCGGGGAGACGGCCUGCAUGUACAAGGGCGGCUACUGGGAGGCCAAGGAGAGGCAGGACUGGCACAUGUGUCCCAACAUCUUCUGAGCUCCAUCCCCUCCUGCAAAUACAGGCGCCUGUACAGCCUGGUCCACCUUUUCUUUAAUACACUCAAUUUAGUACUCA